AUGGAGAUCUCUCUAAUCGCCGAUUCGAUCUCCGCCGCCGCAUCUCCCGGCGCUCUCCACCUCUCCUCCGUGAUUUUCCCCAUGGACGCCGUCGCUCCGCCGCCGGUAAAGCGCAAUUACAUCCCUAAAGCGCCUCGGUCGCUUGUUAGAAAGCGGUGCCGUACGAGACGGAGGUCAUUGACCGGUGGCGACGAUGAGGACGGCGGAGACGGCGGUUUUUUCGGUGGCGACGGUCCUUUCGGCGGUGGAGGAGGUGGAGGCGGUGGCGGAUGGAACUUUGACGGAUCGGAUUGGGAGGAGUCGUCGGCGUCGUGGUCCGAUCCGGCGUUUGAUUUUGUUUACGAAGUAAUGUCGUGGAUUGCGCUUUCAAAUUGCUUGCUUUAUGCGUUUAAGAAAGUGUUGAGAAUUGGCGGUGCUGGUGAUCGCGAGAAAGCUCAGACGAUAUGUUGA